AUUAUACGACUCUGGGACGUACGUACUCGAACAAGUACCAGUAGCAAGCACGCCCAUAUAAUAAUUUUGUGUCACUACAGUUUAUUUAUCUGUUUAUAACUUAUGGUCAUCGCUUGUCGUGUAAUGGCGGAACAGAUAACGAGAGAAGAUGCGUUGACACAGGAAGGUUACAAACACGCAUGUCACAUUAUGCUGUACGGAGACUGCAGUGCCAAACUCUUCGGGAAAAUACCAAUCAAACAUAUAGUUCUGAUGCAGAUGCGUUUUGAUGGGUUGCUUGGUUUCCCAGGGGGAUUGGUGAACCCUUCGAAAGAAACUUUGGAGGCGGGGCUGAGCAGAGAGCUACAUGAAGAGGUGGGCGUGGCCAUACCAGUGGGCGUCGACAACCACAUAUCUUCGUGCCUGGCUCCGUCCUGCCCUCGGCUCAUCACACACUUUUACAUCAAAAAGAUGACAGAGGCAGAGCUGAGAGAGAUAGAGAAAGCAGCUGUAGCUACGGCCACAGAUCAUGGUUUAGAGGUGUUGGGUAUGGUUAGAGUACCACUGUACUUUCUGAAGAACGGAGGUGGUCUUCCUUAUUUCCUGUCUCAUUCGUUUAUCAGUAACUCCCGAGCCCAGCUGAUCUCUGCCCUGCAGCGAUGUGGCUUGGUGUCCCAGGGGAACCUGGAUAAGGCUGUGAGACAGGCUGAGCAGAUGAGAUGCACACACAGCGCUGAUCCGCACUGACAUGAGUUUACACAGCGAUGCCUUUUCACCUCAGGGCCAUGCAGAUCAGCCCAACUCCCAAAGCUACGGUAGUAGGAACUACCCCGUCUACUUACCUUAACCUUGUUAACAGAGGCUCAUGUAUUUAUUAUAAUUUACUGUCCUGGGGCAAAAUUGUAGCAUAAAUAAAUUAAUAAAACAUCACUGUAAUUGCAAACAUUCUGAAAAUAAUAUAAUUUAUAUGCAUGGAUGUCAUUUAACUCUUUAAAGAGAAUUUAUUAUUUAUGCAUUAUACGAUGAAUGAGUAGGUUAUUUAAUCCCUUUCUUUUUCAUCCCAUGGCCACCAUUAAAUUAUGUUAAAAUUACAUCAAAGCUAUUUAUGAGAAUUUGUGAGGUAACACAAAUAAACAUGAAGCUAUUGUC